AUGGGAAAGGGUUCAAGGAACCGAAACAGGUCAGUUUCUGGCUCCGAUUCAAGGGAGUCAGCGCUGGCUUUCCAUGACCUCGACUCCCGUAUGAAGCGUAUUGAGCAAUUCAUACUUAAAACAACACGUGGAAAUACUAAAUCUAGAGGCAGGCCAAAAAGAAGCCGAUCUAGAUCAUCUGACUCGUGUUCAGAACAUCCAGCGCGUCCUCGAAGACGCGACUGGAUUUCGCGGAGCCCUGACUCGAGUGAGCAGGAGCCCCGAACCCCUAUCCAUCCACGUAAGAGGUAUAGGCGUCUAGACUCGAGUGAGCUGGACCAACCUAAUCAUAGAUCUUCCAAGAUCACCGAGCAGGUGCAAGUGCACAGCAAAACAAUAGACCCUGAGGUGGACAAUAGAGAGGAGAUCCUAGUCAUCCACCCAGACAAGGAUACAGAACAGUUUCUAACUCUGAAAGAUGACAUUCUUGAAUGCUUGGGCACAGACCCCAAUGACAUUAUAAGCGAGGGCAUUGAACUACACCCAGCCCUGGUUUCUAGAUGGUCUAACAUAAUUAAAUGCGGCCUAGAUAAACAAGAAAGACUAGAUCUAACUAAAAAAUAUCUUGUACCCAAAAAUUUAAAAACCUUAGAAGCCCCAGAUCUAAAUGAGGAGAUUCUAAAAAUUCUAUCACAAGACACAUUAAAAAAAGAUAAGUAUUUAGCUAUCAUUCAAUCUCAGUUAGGAGCUUCUUUAGCAGCCUUGGGUUCAUCGUUAAAUAAAAUCCUAGGUCAAGAAAAUAAUGAUCAACUUAAAGCCAUUAUAACUGAACUAUCAGAUACUGGCAAAUUACUAACUGAUUUACAUCAUUAUGUAUCAAUAUCUACGAGAUAUGUUAUCAUACCAUCCCUAGAUGAUUCCCUUCGGCAAGUGGUGGUCAAAACGACCCCAGACUCUAAGUUAUUUGGUUCUGAUUUUGCAGAUAAAAUUAAAACUGCAAGAGAUUUAGAAAAAAACAGUAGAGAUUUAAAAGCCACAAAAUCUGGUUUAACAAGAAAUCCCAGAAGAGCUGUUCAAGAGGCAGACCAUUUAAACUGGAGAGGCCCGUCUCGUUCCUCGAUGAAGUUCAGACAUCAGGGGCAAAAACCUCAGCAGAAUGUGACCUACAGGCACAGACCAACAAGACCAGCAAGACAGAAAUAUUAAAGGGAACCAUUCCCCAUAGCAAACCUUACCCUGGUUGCAGGGAAAUUAUCAGAGAGGCUUAUCGACUGAGGAAAGUACCAGAAGAAUGCAUGGAUGUCAUGGUGGAAUCCCUUUCUACCACAACACAAAAACAGUAUGAC